CAGCGUAAACUUUCAAGAAGAUCUUCAAAAAAUACAUCAGGAAGGUCUUUAUGGAAUAGAAAAUCCACAAAGAAGACCACCGCAGCUGUCUUGGCAGCAGCUACAGCCGCUGGACCUGCACUUAAACACCUGGACCUACAAUCGUCUCAAUCUCUAGUCUCCAUGGACUCAAAACUCGCAAACGACACUUCAGACGAAGACCACGAUUUUUCUACUCUCGUCUCUCGUUCAAUAAUACCAGAUCCUUUGGGUGAACUACCAGCUUGGUUCAAGAAAGAGAACGACAUGGCUGCUGCAAAUACAUCAUCCUACAGGAUAAAAUAUCCUUUGCAUAAUCCAACAGGUCCCAAGUGGUACAAGAACUACCACCUUAUUCCCCCUGCUCAGCUCAAUCCUGGUAAUCGUCCUCCGUCCGUCUUUUCUCCUUCAUUUCCACCAAUGGCUUCUACUCUCAACGACCGUUCAGAGGACUCUAUUCGCUUACCUGGCCCAAGCCGCACUCCCUCAGGCACUUCCCUUCAAACUCCCUCUUCCUCUCAGAUUCGUAUCCCAGAAUCAGGUAGUAAACCUCGCAGCAGAAAAACUUCACAGGAUAACGCCGAUUUACUCGACGCCUCUGAUCCCUGGGGUACUCACUGGCAUCACCAGUCCCCGUACGAUACAGGUACAAAUAUAAGUCCAGUCUCGGUUGACCCCCCCGAGGCAAGU